AUGCCGGUCUCUAACAACUUGCCGACCUCAUACGUCGACGUUCUCGUUGUCGGUGCUGGUCCCGCUGGUCUGUUGUGUGGUGUUGCUUUGGCUCAAGCUGGAAUCAAUGUGAAGAUUGUGGACCAAAGACCUGCCAGCAUUCCAGCCGGCCAAGCCGACGGUAUUCAUCCUCGUACCAUUGAAGUCUUACAGAGUUAUGGACUUGUGGAACGUCUCCUCAAGGAAGGAAACCAUCUGCACAUGUUUGCCUUCUAUAACCUAAGCAAGGAUCGAAAUGGUAUCGAGCGCACGAGCAGGGUGUCUAUGGUCAACCAAGUUGUCGCUAGAUACCCAUUCUCCAUUUCUCUGAACCAAGGUGGUAUCGAACGCUUGCUUCUCGAUGGCCUUCUAAAGGAAGGCGUCAUUGUGGACCGUCCGACUCGCCCAUCAUCGAUCAUUCUGUCUGAUGACGAGAGGGAAUUAAAUGAUACGUCCAAGUAUCCUAUCACUGUCGUCCUGGAUCACCUGGAAGGAGAGGCUGUUCAACAGGAAAUUGUUCACGCCAAGUUCCUCGUGGGCUCUGAUGGUGCUCACUCGUGGGUCCGCAGAGCCCUGAACAUUCAGAUGGAAGGCGAACAGACAAACCAUGUCUGGGGUGUGAUUGAUUUUACUCCGACUCAAGAAUCUAACUUUCCAGACUGGAGGAACGUUUGCUCCAUCAGCGGGUCCGACACCACUGUGCUUCUCAUACCUCGAGAAGAGGGCAAAAUACGCUUAUACAUCGACCUCGGACUUGAGACGGGACUUGUCGAUACCGAGAGUGGACGAGUCAACCCAAAGAGUCUAGACUCGGACAAGCUUCUCGCGAUUGCGAAACCUGCAUUCGCACAAUAUACUCUCGAAGCGGCUGAUAUUGACUGGUGGACAUGCUACGUUAUCGGUCAACGUGUUGCGACUCAAUUCUCGCUUCACGAACGAGCUUUUGUGGCUGGGGAUGCGUGCCACACGCACUCUCCGAAGGCAGGCGAGUUUACUUCCGACCUGGUAUACACGCUCCGUGGAUGGUCAGGACUGUCCCUCCUCCACACCUAUGAAUUGGAGAGGCGCAAAUUCGCGCAGGAGUUGAUUGCCUUCGAUCGGUGGUACUCCGCGGGGUUCUCGGCCAAGGCGCGCACCGGAACUCUGAGCAAUGGUAAAAAAGCACCAUCUUCAGGCUUUGAAGCAUUCCGAGAAUACAAUGGCUUAACGUCUGGCGUGGGCAUACAAUACGACACUUCUCUGAUAACCUCUAGCGGAUCGAACAAGACGAAGAUCAUCGUUGGCCAACGAUUUCCGCCCCAGGUUGUUCUUCACGCAGCAGAUAUGAUACCUGUUGAGAUCCACGAUCUGUGCACAUCCAACACCCGUUUCAAAAUCUUUAUCUUCACUGGGAAUUUGCAUUCGGAGGUCCGGUCACAGAAUUUGGAGGUAUUGGCAGAGAGAUUGAAGGGGAAGGAUGGUGUACUUUGUAGGUUUGAUGAAGAGAUAUUCGACGUGAUCCCCGUCCUGCAAGGUAAGAAAGAAACGGUGGACUAUCUGGCGGUGCCACGUACGCUCAGGUCAUCUUGGGACAAGGUAUUGGUUGACGAGACUGAUGUAAGCGGAAGCCUUGGAGGGCGUGCAUACGAGACGUAUGGUAUCGGCGAGGACGGCGCCAUAGUUAUUGUCAGGCCUGAUGGAUACGUCGGGUUAGUUACGGGGAUCGAUGAGGCGGACAACAUCGGCGAAUAUUUUGGUGGUGUACUUGCAGGAAAGUUGUAG